AUGGCGGAAACUAGCGAGUGUGUAAGUAAUCAAUGGGCGCUGGGUGAGGAUGCUGCAAGUUCUAAAAAUUAUGCCUCUGUUAGUUUAACACCUGUGGAAGACGUCAUUACAAGUGAUAAUCUUAAUAAAAAAAAAGAUAAAAAUAAACUUCAUGAUCCCGUCUUUAUUAAAAAAAAAAUUCGGCAACUACGAAAACAACAAAAUUUUCUGGAAAAACAGUUAAAGAAACAAGAGUUUAAAGAAAAACAAGCUCUUCCUGACUACACAACUAAGCGCUCUUGUUUAUGUAAGGAGCAGUCUAAGCCUUUAAGAUUUUUGAAGAGGAAACUAAGUAAAAAUGCCGUUGAAAGUUACAAUACUUUAAAAGAUUAUGUUACUGCGGAUUUUCAUUCAUUGCGUGUAGAUUCUACUCCUGUCGCCAAACAAAAGAAUAAUUUAAAACAACUUAAACCCCUCCUCUUUUUGGCAUCUCCAGAGUCAAACUUUGUGAGUGAACAAAUUCAAGAACAAGAAACUUCUUACUACUUGCCAGAACAUUUGCAUUAUUCUCAACAUCUUGCUGGUGGGCCUCCGCAAGGCCUGAAAAGUCAGAGUUAUUAUUUUCCGAAUAAAGUUUUUGUGAUGCCACCUACCCAGCCUCAGCAAUUUUAUGGGCGUACUAUUCCUGCUCAUACUUUAUGUACUUGUUCUCAAACUCCCUUGAAUUUUCCUCCAGCGCCUCAGUGUUUAGAUAAGGGUGAAUAUACCACUUCGCUUAGAAAUGAUGAUAAAAAAAUACUAGCCAACACUCAAGCCUUUCCUAAUGAAGCUUUUACUAAAUUGCCUGUCAAAAAGGUAUUGCCUUUUACUAGAUUAGUUGGUUCAAAGCAACGAACCCAAACGAUUUUAGCUAAUGAAAAGCGAAAAGCCCCUCAUUGCAGUAAUAAUAUGAUGCGAUUAUCAGAUCGUAAUAAACUAGUGAAACCUGAAGAACACCUAAAAGAAGAGAAUUCUGGAAGUCAAGUUUCAAGUCUUGGAGAGUUGGCCUCUGCUUCGUGGUGGGAAAAGGAAGGACCUUUGUACCACCGGCCGUUGAACCUUUUGGCUUCGAUUAAUUCCGUUCUGCUGAUAGACACUUUAGCUUCUAUACUCGACCAACUUGCUAAAAGGAACAACGCCACAGCCAGCAGAACCGAAACGACGCUUUUUUACGUUUCAACACCACCUUCCAUUUCUAUUCGGGAUUAUUUGACGAGAUUUGCGCAACAUGCCUCUUGUGGAAAUGAGUUGUACAUCAUAAUGCUGGUUUACUUGGAUCUAAUAAGUGCCCGCGAUCCUUCUUAUUGCGUCAAUUCGUAUAACGCCCAUCGCUUGAUCGUGACUUGCCUAAUGCUGGCGGCCAAGUUCACUCAGGAUCGGUACUUUACGAAUAGGCACUAUGCCGCUGUCGGAGGGCUUCACUUCCUUGAGCUGAACUCUCUUGAAAUCGAAUUUAUUAAAUGUGUGGGAUACCGCCUUCUUGUUACCCCUGAAAAAGUGGUUUUAUAUUUUAAGCAGUUGUGUCUAUUUGCUAGAAGAAACGAAAAUCAAGUUGGAAAAAAAUAGCCUUGACAGCGAUAACUUCAUCCAUCCCAGCU